AUGGCGGCUCCUGAGGUUCAUCACUUGUUCCAUAACCCCAUUGCGGACCACUCGUUCUCGGCUGACCAUGGCACGCUGGCUGUGGCCCGAGACUCGUAUGUCGAGCUGUACGGCAGAGUGGGAAACGCAUUCAAGCUCAAGGAUGAGCUGAAGGGCCACGAUAAGACGGUCACUAGUGUAGACAUCGCUCCUCAUAGCGGUCGCAUUAGGAUAGACCGAAACGCGUUGGUUUGGGAGCCAUCUCCCACAGGGUACAAACCUACUCUCGUGCUUCUCCGAAUCAGUCGAGCCGCUACUUUUGUUCGAUGGUCCCCGUCUGAAACCAAGUUCGCCGUUGGGUCCGGUGACCGGGUCAUCGCCAUCUGCUACUUCGAAGAGGAGAAUGACUGGUGGGUAUCCAAGCACCUGAAGAAGCCCAUUCGCAGCACCAUAACGAGUGUUGCGUGGCACCCAAACUCGGUGCUCCUUGCCGCCGGUUCAACCGAUGCCCAUGCCAGAGUCUUCUCUAGCUUUAUCAAAGGGGUCGACGCGAAACCUGAACCCAGUGUCUGGGGUGAGAGACUUCCUUUCAACACCGUUUGCGGAGAGUUCUUGAACAACUCUGCUGGUUGGGUUCACUCUGUUGCCUUCUCCCCAAGCGGUGACAGCCUUGCUUUUGCCGCUCACGACAGUAGUGUUACUGUUGUCUAUCCCUCUGGCCCUGAACAGCCGCCCCGCGCCAUUCUCACCGUCUCGACACAGCUUUUGCCAUUCAAGAGCUUGAUCUGGAAGAACGAAGAUGAAAUAAUCGCAGCCGGUUACGACUGCGAGGCUUUCCGCUUCAAGGGUGGCGAAUCAGGCUGGCAGCUUGCGGGUCCUGUUGAGCCCAAGGGUCGUGAUGCCGGAGCUCAGCGUGAGGAGUCUGCUCUCAACAUGUUCAGACAGAUGGACCUCAAGGGCAAAGUUAAGGAUGAUACGCAGCUGAAAACCAUCCACCAGAACACGAUUACUACCCUCCGUCCGUUUGAGUCUUCUGGUGGCCAAGUCACCAAGUUCAGUUCAAGCGGUGUCGAUGGACGUAUCGUGAUUUGGAAUGCCUAA